CUAUGUUAUAGGACCAUUUCAUAAAGACCCCUACAGCCUCUCCAGCCAUGGAUGUCUCACGUAGAAUUCUUUCCUUCGUCUUUUCGGCUUUCCACUGCUUGUUCAUGAUCGAGCAUCGCGGCCGUACUCAAACCUGGCAUCACUCUGUCUCUCAUGCUCUUCCCUUUUUAACUUCUCUAGCGAUAGUCUGAUCCACAUCAAUCAAGCAAAGCAAGAUGGCCCGUAAUCGCCAUCGGUGCCGCACUACAGACCUCGUCGACACAGAGAGUGAUGUGGACUCUCCGUUCAAUUCCUCAUAUACGGAUGGAUCCGACACAGAUCUCACCGAGCCAGAGGUUCAAAAUCAUGUCCGGACCCUUCCUCUGAAACCAGUUCAUGGUACUGAAAACACUGCCACCGCCAGCUGUCAGCGCUUUGAUCUGUCCGAUAUUGAAUCAGAUCAUGACCAACCCGACGGCACUAAAAAAUUACGUACACGCAUCAUUGAGCGUUGGCAGCGUUACUGCCUGGUAAAAGCUGCCGAGGAGCCUGCUGGUUCAAUAUGGGAUAAUCCAGAGGAUGCCCUACGAAACGCAUCUCGAAGCAUUAUGUUUCGAUUCUUGAAGUGGACUUUGAGCCUCACGCGUGGGAGGAAAAAUCGCAAGUUGAAGGGCAUUGGCACCGCCGGUAGCUUCAAAACCGACUGGAAGAACUUCCGCAUCUACUACCAGAAGUUGAAAGGUGAAAAAAUUGAUGCCGAGGUAGCGCGGCGGAUUCGAAUCGGCAUACGCAAAGUCAUUAGGGAUAGGAAAAUGAAGACCCAACCCCGUGAUAACGUUCCGCUGUACAUCGAGGACAUGAUUCCUUUCAAUGAGACGAUCAUCACAACAAGACAAAAACGAUUUCACCUCGGUAUUCAACGCAUUAUGCUGUGCCUGCUCCUCAUGCUCGGCCUGUUCACCGCGAAUCGGAAACGAGCGAUGAUGAGAUUGCAAUAUAAACAUAUCUUGAUAACUAUGCAACGGAAUCCUCAUGGAGGGCCUCCUGUACCUUCUAUUGAUAUCAAGCCGGAGUAUGUGAAACAGUUGCUCGGGACAAAAGAUCUCAAUGAAUUCUGUUUCCCAGAAAUCAUCUUUGGAGUUUCAUUGGUUCUGAGUCCGCAUGUUUUUCUUUUUGGCCUGUUGUUCCACGCGAACGCGUUCGAACCCAAUAUCAGGUCAAUGGAAGAACUACGAAGACUCUUUAUUUCGCGUGGGCGUCAACAAUUAGAGGUACCGAUCAAACGUGAAAUGGAUGAUUAUUAUAUAUUCUGCAAAGUUGACACUGUCAACGGCAAGCCACGCAUCUUUCGAGAACAGCCGAUGUCAGACAGUAGCUACUAUUCGGCAGUCAAGGGUAUCUCAGAAAUCAUGGGAUUUCUCAAUUGUAUCUUCUACCACCAGUUUCGCUACGGAACGGGUGAAAUUCUAGAUUCCACAGGAUGGGUCAGUGAUUCUCAGCGGAAUUUGAUUAUGAACCAUGCGAGCACGUCCACAUUCCUUGAGUAUUAUCGCCCACGACGCCAUGCGAACAUGCAAGAGGCUGUAUUGGGUUUAAACCCGGACCAGACAUGGAAACGAGCUUUGACCAGUGCUUCUCGAUGGAAAGAUUGGGGCCGUCCACGCUAUCUGGAUGAUGAUGCGAAGGCUUUAGUUGAUCAAGAUCCAGAAUUACUAGAUGCAAUCCGCCAUUGGGAUGAAUUAGAGGAGGCAUAUGAGCGUGAUUUGGACCCGGAGCUGAUUCCCGCAUUGAGCGAGGCGCAACGAGAGGUCACCAAUGCUCGCCAACGGGCCCGGUAUAAGCAAAAGAACGAUAUGAGACGAGGUUUCAGCCGGAAAAAUGCUAUUAUAGAAAUCAAUGGACAACUUUCUGGGGCCAUCCUACCGGACGAUGAUAUUCCUCAUCCGCCAUUGGAGGCUGACGAUGUACCUCCGGAAAUGGCCUGUCUCGCCAAAGCUUUGCUCUCUGUUCCAGUAGAGUGGACCUUAGAGGGUGAAUGGCAGCGACGCAAUACGGCCUCUCAUAUGAUAGUAGGCUAUUGUGACUAUGAGGAAGGGGGUCCUCUCCGCGGCCGGCCCAAAACAAAGCGGUCUACUGAUCAUGUCAAUAGAACGAGUAACAACCAUUCCGGUGUCAUAGGACAAGAGUUCAAGGAAUCAUACCAUAAAGAGGAAGGAUCAAGAACAAAGCCUAAGUAUGAGCAGAAAGAAGAGGAGAUUUGGACUUGUUUUCAAUGCCUGAAAAAGUACACCAAGAAAAGCAGCCUCCUCCGUCAUUUCCGGCCAGCCCACUUAAAUGACCGUCGGUGUAACUCCUGUAACGACGGUUGGGAGCAUCUUGAGCAGAUGCACUGGCAGCGACAUAUAGAUGAAGUUCAUCAUCUUCGUACUUGAAUUUUACUAUAUCAAUCAUUUAAAACUGCUAUAGUCAAAUUCCUCGGCUACUUCACUCGCCACUUGUCAACUUUCUUCGAUAUCUUGGCCUUCUGUAGUUCGAUUUUAUCUUCGCGUUGAUCAUCCCGAAGCAUUACACAGGGUGACCUAUU